CUGGGCUUCCGCCUCGUUUUUCUGGAUUUCGGUUUACGGUGUGUUGAUGACGCGUGAUUCUUUGAGGAGAGUAAUAACAUGGUGGUGCCAGCCAUGCAACUGGCAAGCAAGAUUCCAGACAUGUCUGUGCAGCUUUGGUCUUCAGCUCUGCUGAGAGACCUAAGUAAAGCUUGUGGGAAUGCAAUGGAUGCACAUGAAGCCUCUCAGCUUCAUCAGAACUUCUCUCAGCAGCUUCUCCAAGAUCAUAUUGAAGCGUGUAGCCUUCCAGAGCACAACCUUAUUACGUGGACAGAUGGACCUCCUCCUGUACAGUUUCAGGCUCAGAAUGGAACUACUACCAGCUUGGCCAGCCUCUUGUGAAAGAGGAAUUCAGCCAAAGCAUUGGGGAAAGGAGAAUUGAAAGAAGGGGAAGAAAAAAACCAUGUAAUUUCUCAGGUAGUAAAAGCACUGUAGGAAAAAUACAAUAUUCAAAAAUACAAAAGUACAAAAUACUAUACGGCGUGUAGUCUUGUGCUCAGGAACCAAGAGCGUUUUUUAAGCUAGUUUUUACAAUAAUGCUUGGUAUGUGUGCAUGUGUUGCUGAUUGUUAUAAACAUACCCGUCUUUUUUCACCUUUUAAGUUCCUGUGUUAUAACGUAUCUCGGGAUUGAGAACACUAUUAGGAGGAAAUAGGUGGUGAAAUAUCAGUUUAAUAGGUUUGUUUUGAUUAGAAUGCUACCCUGUUCUUGAUUAGUUAAGUUCUUCUUAGGUUAAAAGCAGUAGAGCAGACACCCUGUUAUGUAAUACCAGGGUAAUGUAUGUAAUAUGUAAUAAUAACUCAAGAAGCAAGAAGUUGUCAUUCUCCCUUGAUGUCCCUUAAUUAUAUCAUGCCAAAUGGUAAUAAAAUUAAUAAUAAUA